AAGUGAAGUGCAGAGCCGCGUUCGGUGCCGCAAAUGCAAAAGGGUAAAGAAAGGGUUUCCCGCGGAAGCUGUACAGGCGGCGGGAAGCGGGAUUCUUUUGCGGGGAAAUUUCGCGAGCAAGCAGGGCCGCCGGGAGAUGGGGAAGGAGGAUCAGGUGGCCACGGUGCGCGCGGUGCUCGGCGAGGGUACGCCGGAGAUGGACAUCAUCCGCGCGCUCCACAUGGCCGGCGACGACCCCACCAAGGCCAUCAACAUCCUCCUCGACUUCCACCACAAGCUGCCUGCGCCGCCCUUGCCCUCGCCGUCGCCGUCGCAAUCGCCCCCGCCGGUCAAACCCACCAACCCCCCCGUAGAAUCGAUCCCGCCACCCAAAACCCCUUCACAGUCCAAGCCGGCGGCAGAUAAACCUAGGCCCAAUCCCGCGCCCACCGGCGGCGGCGAGCACUGGUGGCUCGUGGGGAGCGCCGAGAUGGCGGGGUUAUCCACCUGCAAGGGCAGGCGCAUCGCCGCCGGGGACCCCGUCACCUUCUCGUUCCCCAACUCUGCAGCCGCAGCCGCCCCGGGCAAGGGCCGUCCUGGCCGCUUAGCCCUCGCUUCCUGCACCUCAGAGAUUAUGCGCUUCUCAACCCCGCACAAUGGGGAGGUGGGUCGGAUCCCCAAUGAGUGGGCGCGGUGUUUGCUACCCCUUCUCAAGGAGGGCAAGAUUAAAGUUGAAGGCCAGUGCAAAUCCGCUCCAGAGGUUCUUAGCAUCAUGGACACUGUCCUUUUGUGUGCAAGUGUUUAUAUAAACAGCUCAAUGUUCCGUGACCAAAAACAAUCAUUGCCCAAGGCAGCGCGUGUCGCUACUGACGAUUCCACAUUCCAUCCGCUGCCUGCACUUUUCAAGGUCAUUGGGCUUGCCCCUUUUAAGAAGGCAGCAUUUACUCCUGAAGAUCUUUAUUCCAGGAAGCGACCAAUUGAAAGAAAGAGCAGUACCGGAUUGCCAGCCACAAAGUUGACAUCUGAGAAAUUGAGAUUAUCUUGUGGUGGAAAUGAAGAUGAUCCUGGUGAAGGAGCUGUUUCAGAUUCAGAUUUGGAUGAUAUAAUUGGAAUCUCAGACAGUUCUGCACUGGAGGAGACGGCUCCCCCUGACGCACUGCAGUGUGAUCUACGCCCUUAUCAGAAGCAGGCCCUACAUUGGAUGCUGCAGCUUGAGAAAGGCAGUUCCUCUCAGGAUGCAGCUACAACCCUUCACCCUUGUUGGGAGGCAUAUAAACUUGAGGACAAGAGGGAGCUUGUUCUGUACGUGAAUGUAUUUUCAGGGGAUGCCACCACUGAGUUUCCUAGCACAUUACAGCUUGCUAGAGGAGGGAUUCUGGCAGAUGCAAUGGGACUAGGGAAGACUAUUAUGACGAUAUCUCUUCUUCUUUCUGAUUCUAGCAAAGGAUUAAUCACUACUCAUCACAGUACUCAGAUCUCUAGAGAAGCUAGUGGGUUGGGUGAAAUUCAUAUCAAGUCUCAGAAUCCUGUGAAGAAUCUUGCUAGCCCUUUCUCUUUUAGCAAGCUCAAGAAACUUAAGACCCCACUGGUUGGAGGUGGCAAUCUAAUUAUCUGCCCGAUGACACUACUUAGUCAAUGGAAGGCUGAGAUUGAAGCUCACACUAAACCGAAUACUAUGAACAUAUAUGUUCAUUAUGGCCAAAGCAGACCAAAGGAAGCAAGCUUUAUUGGUCAGAAUGAUAUUGUGCUGACCACCUAUGGUGUUGUGGCAUCAGAAUUUUCAACCGAGAGUUCUACAGAAAACGGUGGCCUCUACUCUGUUCAUUGGUUUAGAGUUGUGCUUGAUGAGGCACACAUGAUAAAGUCUUCUAAAAGUUUAAUAUCCCAAGCUGCUGCUGCUCUUACUGCUGAUCGGCGUUGGUGUCUUACUGGUACACCAAUUCAGAACAACUUGGAGGAUAUAUACAGCCUUUUUAGGUUUCUGAGGGUUGAACCAUGGAGGAACUGGGCUCUGUGGUAUAAACUUGUACAAAAACCAUUUGAAGAAGGUGAUGAAAGAGGCUUAAAGCUAGUGCAGACCAUUUUAAAGCGAGUAAUGUUGAGGAGAACUAAAAAUAGCACAGACAAGGAGGGCAGACCAAUCCUUACUUUACCACCUGCGACUAUUGAAGUGAAAUAUUGUGAUUUAUCAGAGCCUGAGAAAGACUUCUAUGAAGCUUUGUUUCGACGGUCUAAGGUGAAAUUUGAUCAGUUUGUGGAGCAAGGAAAGGUCCUGCAUAAUUAUGCUUCCAUUUUGGAGUUGCUUUUGCGCCUUAGGCAGUGUUGUGACCAUCCAUUUCUUGUUAUGAGUCGUGGAGAUACACAGGAGUAUGCAGACCUCAAUAAGCUUGCGAAGCGUUUCCUGCAUGGUGGCAAUAGUGUUGUUAAUGGGAAUUCUUCUUCCCUUCCCUCUAAGGCUUACAUUGAAGAGGUUGUCCAAGAAUUACAGAAAGGCGAGGGGGAAUGCCCUAUUUGCCUGGAAGCUUUCGAGGAUGCCGUGUUAACUCCCUGUGCUCACCGUUUAUGCCGAGAGUGUAUUUUGUCUAGUUGGCAGAGUACAGCUGCUGGUCUUUGUCCUGUCUGUAGAAAGUCGAUGAGCAAGCAAGAUCUUAUUACUGCUCCAACUGAUAGUCGCUUUCAAGUUGAUGUCGAGAAGAACUGGAUUGAAUCUUCCAAGAUAUCUUUUCUUCUACAGGAAUUAGAAUCUCUCCGCAGUUCAGGUGCCAAGAGUAUCGUGUUUAGCCAGUGGACUGCAUUUUUGGAUCUCCUGCAAAUUCCACUUUCCAGGCAUGGCAUCUCAUUUGCUAGACUGGAUGGCACCUUAAAUCUUCAGCAGAGGGAGAAAGUAAUCAAGGAGUUUUCUGAGGACAAAAGCAUUUUGGUUUUGCUUAUGUCUCUGAAAGCUGGUGGCGUUGGAAUAAACCUUACUGCCGCAUCUAAUGCAUUUGUCAUGGAUCCUUGGUGGAAUCCUGCUGUUGAAGAACAAGCUGUCAUGCGCAUCCAUCGAAUUGGUCAAACAAAGAGUGUUUCUAUCAAAAGGUUCAUUGUCAAGGGUACUGUUGAGGAACGAAUGGAAGCCGUGCAAGCUCGUAAGCAGCGAAUGAUUUCUGGAGCGUUGACAGACCAAGAAGUCCGAACGGCACGAAUAGAAGAACUCAAGAUGCUUUUCUCUUGAGAAACACAAGUCUGUGCAUUCGACAUUCAGUGUCUCUGGGCGUUUGCUUCUAUGGAAGCUACCACUAGAUGGUCGCCAUUGUUUUGCCUGAAGUGGGUUCUCCGUGCCAACCUGGGAUCAACUUGCAUGGAUAUUCCAGUGCAUCUCAUCUUCAUGGAUGCCUUGGGGCACUCCCUUCCCUGCCUUCCACAUCAAUUCUUUUGCCUUAAGGUGAAAACAAGAGGUAAUUUUCCCCCAUGUCGCCAUCCAAGUAGCUCACAUCUUUCGGUGUUCAGUUGUUGUAGGCAUGAUUUUGUAUAUAUAUUGUAAACAAGGACACCAGAAAAUUGAGAAUUAAGAGAAGAAAAGGUUCCACAUUCAUA